UCUUCGAAGUGAAACGUACGCAAAACGGCAAUACGAACUCAAAGGAUCAGCAACGAUGGCAACCAAGAAAAUAGCACUUCUCAGCGUCUCGGACAAAACAGGCCUGUUAGAUCUGGGCAACCAGCUGCAGGUCCUUGGCUUUCAGCUAGUUGCUAGUGGUGGCACUGCAACGGCUCUGCGUGGCGCAGGACUUACCGUACAGGAUGUCUCUGAUAUAACGGGUGCACCCGAAAUGUUGGGUGGUCGUGUCAAGACUUUACAUCCAGCUGUCCAUGCGGGCAUCUUGUCGCGCACCACUAAGAGCGAUCUGGCUGAUAUGCAGCAACAGCAUUAUGAUCUUAUUCAGCUGGUCGUCUGCAAUCUGUAUCCCUUUGCCAGCACCAUUGCCAAGCCGGAUGUCACCCUGGCUGAUGCCGUCGAGAAUAUUGAUAUUGGUGGCGUGACUUUGUUGCGUGCCGCUGCCAAAAAUCAUCAGCGCGUCACUGUCAUCUGUGAGGCUGUUGACUACCUCAAAGUGCUGGAAGAGCUUGCCGCAAAUGGUGACACCACACUGGAGACACGACAGGCUUUGGCCCUCAAGGCUUUUACUCAUACGGCUAGCUAUGAUGAUGCCAUCUCCGAUUAUUUCCGAAAGCAAUAUAGCGCUGCUUCGUCACAGCUAACGCUUCGCUAUGGCAUGAAUCCUCACCAGAAACCGGCUCAACUCUACACUCGGUUAGCUCAGCUGCCACUGACCGUGCUGAAUGCUUCACCUGGUUUUAUUAAUCUGUGCGAUGCACUCAAUGGCUGGCAAUUGGUUAGAGAGUUGAAGCAAGCUUUGAAAUUGCCAGCGGCUACCAGUUUUAAGCAUGUCUCACCUGCUGGCGCUGCUGUGGGCGUGGCACUCAGUCCCGCACAGGCCAAGCUCUGCAUGGUCGAUGAUCUCUACGAACAGUUGACGCCCAUGGCCACAGCAUAUGCCAGAGCACGUGGGGCGGAUCGCAUGAGUUCCUUUGGUGACUUCGUUGCACUCUCCGAUGUGUGUGAUGUGAUCACGGCCAGGAUUAUCGCACGUGAGGUCUCCGAUGGCAUCAUUGCGGCUGGCUAUGAACCGGAGGCUUUGGAGAUACUCAAGAAAAAGAAGAAAGGCAGCUACUGUAUUCUGCAGAUGGAUCCCAGCUAUGAGCCCAGCGCUGUUGAACGCAAAACUAUUUUUGGCUUGACACUGGAGCAGAAGCGCAACGAUGCCAUUAUCGAUGCCAAGCUCUUCGCAAAUGUGGUCAGCAAGCAGAGGCCGUUGCCUGAAUCCGCUGUUCGUGAUCUGAUUGUGGCCACCAUUGCCUUGAAGUAUACGCAAAGUAAUUCUGUUUGCUAUGCCCGUGAUGGUCAAGUCAUUGGCAUUGGAGCCGGACAACAGUCGCGUAUCCAUUGCACACGCCUGGCUGGCGAGAAAGCUGACAACUGGUGGUUGAGGCAGCAUCCCAACGUGGCUGGUAUGAAAUUCAAGGCGGGCGUCAAGCGUGCCGAAAUCUCAAAUGCAAUUGACAACUAUGUGAAUGGCACUGUGGGCAAGGAUAUGCCCCUAACACAGCUUAAGGGCAUGUUCGAUAAGGCGCCUGAGCAGCUGACGGAGCAACAGAAACUUGACUGGCUGCAACAGUUGAGUGGUGUGGCCCUGGGAUCGGAUGCCUUCUUCCCCUUCCGGGACAAUAUUGAUCGCGCCAGAUUGAGUGGCGUCUCUUACAUCGCCAGUCCAUCGGGCUCCACUAAUGAUGCAGGCGUCAUUGCUGCCUGUGAUGAACAUGGCAUUAUAAUGGCUCACACCGAUCUCCGUUUGUUCCAUCAUUAAACUCACCUUUAAACCUUGGAAACCGCGGAAUUUAUGAGCUCAAUUCACAUUCAAACUGCCUGAACAAGAACAUUCCUUAAACCUAAUUGCAACAAUAAUAAUAUCAAUAAAUAAAUAUAUAUUAUAUCAGAAA